CAACAGCGUUAGGUAUCAAUAAAUUAUGUUAAAGAGUUUUAUCAAAUAAAUAUAAUAAAUAUUGCGUAUUAAUAUGAGCAUUACAUCUGACACAAUGGGUGAUAAUCGUUUAAGUAACAACGAUACUGUUAAUUCUGUGAUAACAUUUGACAAUCUAACCAUUUUGAAAGAAUUCAGCAAUAUAGCAGACCUUGUUAGAGAUGAAGACUUCCUUAAAACAGUUCCGAAAUCCAAAGUAAAUCGGAUAAAAUGGGUGCCAAUGUUUAAAAUAUUAAAACAAGAUAUUCUAAAUGAGAUGGUACAAGAAAUAUCGACCAUGUGGGAGUAUCACGAUAUGCCAAAACAAUUGGAUAUUCUUGAAAACCAAAGGGAAAAGUUUGCUGUUAAAAACCCGUAUAAUAAGUCUUUAUGGAGACCACUUAGUACAAAUAUAAAUAACUCAUUAAAAAGUGCAGAAGUGGCCAUCCUUAGAAAACAAAAAAAUGUUCUUGAAUCAUUAGCAAAAGAAUAUGAAGAGAGAGUUACGAAACAUAAGAAGACAUUAGCAGCUAAGCGAAGUUUUCUGAAAUGCCUACAAAUGGAUAUACAGAAAUACCAGAAGAAAAAUGAACAAUUACUAUCUAAUAUUUGUGCAAUCAUUGACAAUCACAAAAACUUUUCAAGGAGUAAGAAUAUAUUUGAUGAGAAUGAUAUUGAUAACCAUGUUUGGUCAGAUAUAGAAUUGCAAAAUAAAGGUGUCAUAUAGUUUUAGUUUCUGGUGUGAUACACAUAAUCCACAGUAUAAAAACAGGGUUAGUUAUAUCUGACUUUAAGUCUAAGCACUUAUUAAGGAACUAAAUCAAUUUCAAGAUCUGGCUGUAUUGAGAGUGCCUUUGCCAGUCUCUUACUAAAGGAUGAAAGUCCCAUGAUGGAACAUAAUGAGGGACUGCAUAUGGACAUCUGCUACACCAGGGAUGAGAUGUGUUGCUGGCCUUUCAGUUGGAUGUAUGCUUUAUGCUUUAAGGACCCUAUAUUGUAUUGGUUUCGGAUAACUGAUUAUUUUGAACUUACAUUUGCAAUAAAAAAAUAAUUGUUUCUGUGCUCAGACAGGUGAUUAUAUAAAUGAUAUUAAGUAUUUAAAUUGUACUUUAAUAUACUAAUUACUAUUAUUAGAUUUUAAGGUUUUUUUAAAUCCUUAUUUGUGAACUAAAAAAAUGUACAAAGAAAUAUUCAUGCAUUAGUAAAAUAUGAAAUAAAAAUAAUUAAGGGUGAUAAAUCACAAUAUGAAAUUCAAAUGUUAUAUUUAAAAUCAAUUAAUGAACAUCAAAAUCUACCAGCCAUUCAAAAUAGUGUGCCUUCUAGAUGAGCACAAUGAGUGCAACUCAGUGGAUUUUUUUUAUUUUGUUACAAUAUAUGCAGUAUUGUAGGCGUACAAUAAAAUUUAUAAUCUAAUAGCCUGAGGGUAUCCGCUCCAUCCCCAGUGUGUGAUGUGAUGAAAAUCAAUAAAAAGAAAUUAAUAGUAACCUUCACCACACAAACAUUUUUUUAAAUUCUAUUGAAUUUGGUAACAGUUUUAUUUGGUACAUUUUCUGGGAUCAUGUUCUAAAAGCAUAUACAUUGCCCAUAUAAAGACUUCCUAACUACUAAACUAAACAGUAGUAACCAUAACAAGUUCAUUUUUGUUUCCUGUAUUAACAUUAUGAUUUUUGCAGUAAUGUAGGUACUAUAUUUUAUUACUUUGAUCAAUAUUGUAACAUACUUUAUACUUUAAUGUAGUUUAUUUCAUUUAUAGAAAUAUAAUAUCUAUUGUAAAGUGAUUUUUAUUACAGAAUAAAAGAGUAAUUAAUACAGAAGUU